GCUUUACUGUUGUUACAAUUUUCUUUUAUGUGUUUCUUUCCAAAACUUGCAGCAGAUAUUUGCCGUGUGUGCCGCUCUGAAGGGACCCCUGAUAAGCCACUGUACCAUCCAUGUGUCUGCACUGGCAGUAUUAAGUUCAUCCACCAAGAAUGUUUAGUCCAAUGGCUGAAGCAUAGCAGAAAGGAGUAUUGUGAAUUAUGCAAGCACAGAUUUGCAUUCACCCCCAUCUACUCUCCAGACAUGCCCUCCCGUUUGCCCAUCCAGGACAUUUGUGCUGGCCUCCUCACCAGUGUGGGCACAGCCAUCCGCUACUGGUUUCAUUAUACACUUGUUGCAUUCGCCUGGCUUGGAGUUGUUCCUCUCACUGCAUGUCGCAUCUACAAAUGUCUUUUUACUGGCUCUGUGAGCUCACUUUUAACACUUCCUUUGGACAUGCUCUCAACUGAAAACCUGCUUGCAGACUGCCUACAAGGCUGCUUUGUGGUCACUUGCACAUUAUGUGCAUUCAUUAGCUUGGUAUGGCUCAGAGAACAAAUAGUCCAUGGCGGUGCACCUCAAUGGUUAGAACAGCACCAGCCUCCGCCCCCCAAUGCCGCUGGACAAGCAAAUGAGGCACAAGCUGCUGGCCAAGGAGCACCUGAUGUGCCUCCUGCACCCCAGCCUGUUCCAGCUGAUCCUCCGGCCCCCAAUGAGGCAGAGCCAGAGCCUCCCGAUGGCCCUGACGGCCCUCCUGACCAGGGCCAGGACCCUGAGCUGGAAGAAGAGGGAGCAGCUGCUGAGGAUCCUGAUGCCAACAAUGGAGCACAGGAUGACAUGAAUUGGAAUGCUUUGGAGUGGGACAGAGCAGCUGAGGAGCUUACCUGGGAAAGGAUGCUUGGUCUUGAUGGGUCAUUAGUAUUUUUGGAGCAUGUGUUUUGGGUUGUGUCUCUGAACACACUCUUCAUCUUGGUAUUUGCAUUUUGUCCCUACCACAUUGGACACUUUUCCGUUGUUGGUCUUGGUUUUGAAGAAUAUGUUCAAGCGUCACAUUUCGAGGGAUUAAUUACAACCAUUGUGGGGUACAUCUUGUUGGCAAUGACCCUGAUCCUUUGUCAUGGACUUGCGGCUCUGGUCAGAUUUCAGCGUUCACGGCGUCUCCUUGGAGUUUGCUACAUUGUUGUUAAGGUGUCUUUGUUAGUCGUUGUGGAAAUAGGGGUGUUUCCGCUCAUUUGUGGCUGGUGGCUUGACAUCUGCUCCCUAGAGAUGUUUGAUGCCUCACUUAAAGACAGAGAGUUAAGUUUUAAAUCGGCACCUGGCACAACUAUGUUUCUCCACUGGCUCGUCGGAAUGGUCUAUGUCUUCUAUUUUGCUUCAUUCAUCCUCCUUCUGAGAGAGGUUUUAAGGCCUGGCGUGCUCUGGUUCUUGAGAAACCUCAAUGACCCAGAUUUUAACCCAGUUCAGGAAAUGAUUCACCUGCCCAUUUACAGACACCUGAGGCGUUUCAUUUUGUCUGUGGUUGUGUUUGGAUCCAUUGUUCUGCUCAUGCUAUGGCUUCCCAUCAGGCUGAUCAAACUACUGCUGCCCACUUUCCUCCCAUACAAUGUCAUGCUCUAUAGUGAUGCCCCUGUCAGUGAGUUGUCAUUGGAGCUGCUGUUACUACAGGUUGUGCUGCCCGCUCUGUUGGAGCAGGGGCACACUCGCCAGUGGCUCAAGGGCCUGGUCAGAGCAUGGACCGUCAGUGCUGGAUAUUUACUAGACCUUCAUUCAUACCUCCUUGGAGAGCAGGAAGACAAUGACACUAACCAGCCCGUCAACAACAACAAUAAUAACAACCCCGCCCCUGGUCACCAUAACAACAAUAAUCCAGCUCCAGCUGUUGGGGAGGGGUUACAUGCAGCCCACCAGGCAAUCCUGCAACAGGGAGGGCCAGUAGGUUUUCAGCCCUACCACCGACCUCUUCGCUUCCCAUUCAGAAUUGUGUUGCUGAUUGCAUUCAUGUGCAUUACGCUGCUGCUGGCCAGUCUAGUCUGUCUAACACUACCAGUGUUUGCUGGUCGUUGGCUAAUGUCUUUCUGGACUGGAAACUCUAAAAUCCAUGAGCUGUACACUGCAGCAUGUGGCCUUUAUGUGUGCUGGCUGUCUAUUCGUGGAGUCACUGUGAUGCUGGCUUGGAUGCCCCAGGGACGCACGGUCAUCAUGCGCAAAGUCCAAGAGUGGACACUUAUGAUUCUUAAGACUCUGGUUGUGGCUCUGUUGGUGGCGGGUGUGAUUCCCCUGCUGCUUGGACUGCUGUUUGAACUGGUCAUUGUUGCUCCUCUGAGAGUCCCAUUGGACCAAACGCCUCUUUUCUACCCCUGGCAGGACUGGGCUCUGGGAGUUCUUCAUGCCAAAAUCAUUGCUGCAAUCACGUUAAUGGGACCUCAGUGGUGGCUGAAGACAGUUAUUGAGCAGGUUUAUGCAAAUGGUAUUCGCAACAUUGAUCUCCAGUUUAUAAUCCGUAAACUGGCCGCUCCUGUCAUCUCAGUUUUGCUGCUGUCCUUGUGUGUGCCCUAUGUAAUUGCUGCUGGAGUGGUGCCUGCUGUAGGAGUGACCCCAGAGAUGGAGAUCCUAAUGCAGAGGAGGAUAUACCCCUUCCUUCUGAUGGUAGUCUCACUUAUUGGUAUCCUCUCCUUCCAGAUCCGGCAGUUUAAACGCCUUUAUGAACACAUAAAAAAUGACAAAUACCUGGUUGGACAGAGACUUGUAAACUAUGAACGGAAGACUGGAAGAACAAGCUCAGUUCAUACCUCUAAUCCAGUGACAGAUUAGUAUGUCGCACUAUAUUCUGGCUAAGCCACUUUCAUCUUCAGCACCUGUCAGUCUCCACCUGUCAGUCUUGGUGGAUUUGGUGGAUUUCUGAAUCUUGCCCAUUUAUGUUGGGACUUGUAUUAUAAUUGAUAGAUGGACACAGAAAAGUGUUUAGAGUUUGAUUUCAGCGUUUGUAAAGUUCUGCCUGAUAAUUGUACAUGUGUAAAUACUUUGAACACAAACUUUGUCUUAAAGAUGACAUGGAUUAAUGCAAUGAUCAUUGUACAUCUUAAAGUCUAUGUAUAAUUUAUUAAAUAAAACUUACAAUUUAGUGUUA